AUGCCUUCUUUGUUGGUUCCUCUGGAAUCAGUACGAGGAAUGACGUGUUUGGAUCGUACUGCAUUUACACACAUGGUGGAAUUACCAUUUCUAAAAAUUCAUGAUGUUAUGUUAUCCAAGAUAAAACCAAUUGUGAAAAAGUAUUUUUUUAAAACCAGGAACUUCAAACCAGUUCAAAGUACCAUCAAUGAAACUAUUAUUUAUUUGAAUCCAAUGCUAAUAAAGACAUUUGAAGAUUUUAUAGAAAAUGAAAGGAAAAAAUUAGAAAUAUGUGCACGGUUUGGAAUAACAAAAGUAGUUUUGAAAUAUGAUAACUGGCAAUCUUAUGAUAUAUUAAGAGCUAUAUUACCUAAGGAAAUUAAAGUACCAACUGCAUUUAGCAUAAUUGGCCACAUUAUGCAUUUAAAUCUGCGUGAUGUGCAUUUACCAUAUAAGACUGUUAUUGGUCAGGUUUAUCUUGAUACAACUCCAAAUGUCAGAACAGUUUUGAAUAAAAUAAAUAUCAUCAAUACAACUUUUAGAAAUUUUAAUAUGGAAGUCCUUGCAGGUGAUAAAAAUACCAUUACAACAGUAAAAGAAUAUGGUUAUACAUAUGAAUUAGAUUUUUCUCAAGUUUAUUGGAAUUCUCGAUUGAGCACAGAACAUCAAAAUUUAGUGACAUUUAUGAAACCUAAUGAUGUUUUAUAUGAUGUAUUUGCUGGAGUUGGACCAUUUGCUAUUCCUGCCGCUUCUAAAGGAGUUAAAGUAUUUGCAAAUGAUUUAAAUCCUGAAUCAUACAAAUGGUUACGAAAAAAUAUUGUCAUUAAUAAAGUUAAAACAAAUAUUCAGUCUUUUAAUAUGGACGGUAAAGAUUUUUUAAAAACUAUUUUUAAAACUGAUAUUUUAAAUAGACGAGCCAUUAAUGAAAUUGGUAUGGAACAUAUAGUAAUGAAUUUACCAGCACUUGCUGUUGAAUUCUUGGAUGUGUUCUUCGAUAUUUUUAAUGCAAAUGAAAUUAAACAAAUAUGUCAUCAACCACCAACCAUUCACUUAUACUGUUUUGUGAAAGUGAAUAAAGGAGAAGAUGCUUGUAAACUUGGACAACUAUUGGUAGAAAAAAAACUUGGUUGUACAUUAAACUCUGAUUCUUUAAUUGAGUUACAUUAUGUUAGACAUGUUUCUACAAAUAAAGGGAUGAUUCGUAGAAUAAUGGGAAAGAACAAAGGACUGCAAAAAAAACAAAUGAAGAAAAAUGUAUUCAAAGUAGCAACAGUUCGUAGUGUUAAGCUAAAGGCAACAGCACAAAAAGUAAUAACCAAUUUGGAAAAAUUGGAUUUAAGAGAAAAUAAAGUAACUAAUGGGGACAAGAAUAAAAAAGCACAACUCGACCAACUGUUUCAAGAAUUAUGUGAAGAAGUAGAGCAGUGCAUAUUAAAAAAGACAGCAGUUAAUCCAAAGCAAGAAAAAAAGAAGAAAAUGCAGAAUGCAGCACCAGUACAAUCUGACAUGACUUCUCUUCUGGAAAAAAUGAAAAUUUGA